GGCUGCGCGGAGGAGGCGGCUUCCCCGGCCAGGGGCGGCGGCAGGGGCGGCCCUGGGAUCACAUGGGCGGAGGCAGGUCCCGGAGCCCCGGGCGGGCUCUCCCCAGAGUCGGGCAGACGGCGGCGGCGGCGGCGGCGGGAGCGGCGGCGUCUCCUCGCCUCCCUCCUUCCUUUUCCUUCCCUCCCGGGCCUGACCGCCCAGCCCGACAGGUGAGCGGGAGCCAGGUAUGGCGCUGACGGUGGAUGUGGUGGGGCCAGCGCCCUGGGGCUUCCGCAUCUCCGGGGGCAGGGAUUUCCACACGCCUAUCAUAGUGACCAAGGUAACCGAGAGGGGCAAGGCUGAGGCUGCUGACCUCCGGCCUGGUGACAUUAUUGUAGCCAUCAAUGGGGAGAGUGCAGAGGGCAUGCUUCAUGCCGAGGCCCAGAGCAAGAUCCGCCAGAGCCCCUCACCCCUGAGGCUGCAGCUGGACCGGUCCCAGGCUGCCUCUCCCGGGCAGACCAAUGGGGAAAGCUCCGUGGAGGUGCUGGCCACUCGCUUCCAGGGCCCCAGGAGAACGCACAUAGACAGCCAGUCCUCCCUGCGGUCACCUUGCUCCAGCCCGGCCUCCCUCAGCCCCCGGCCAGGCAGCCCCUUCUCUACCCUGCCCACCAGCAGCCCACACGCCCUCACUGGAGAGGCUGUGACCAGUCACAGUUUCCAGAGCCUGACCCACUCCCCGGCACUCGCUGCUGAGGACCACUUGUCCUAUGGGGGUCGCCCCGGAAGCCGACAGGCCGGCCUCGGCCCCGCUGGCGACUCGGCUGUGCUGGUGCUGCCGCCACCGCCACUGCCUUCCCCAGGUCCCCGUUCUUCCAGCCCCAGGCUCAGUGUGGCCUCUGAAGGGGAAAGCCAUCUCCUAAGAGAGGACUCAGAAGUCUUCAAGAUGCUGCAGGAAAAUCGUGAGGCGCGGCUGCCCCCCCGGCAGUCCAGCUCCUUUCGGCUAUUGCAGGAGGCCCUGGAGGCUGAAGAGAGAGGUGGCAUGCCUGCCUUCGUGCCCAGCUCGCUGAGUCCCCAGUCCGCCCUGCCCACCUCCAGGGCCCUGGCCACCCCACCCAAGCUCCACACGUGUGAGAAGUGCAGCGCCAGCAUCGCGAAUCAGGCUGUGCGCAUCCAGGAGGGGCGGUACCGCCAUCCCGGCUGCUACACCUGCGCCGACUGUGGGCUGAACCUGAAGAUGCGCGGGCACUUUUGGGUGGGGGAUGAGCUGUACUGUGAGAAGCACGCCCGCCAGCGCUACUCCACACCCCUGACCCUCAGCUCCCAGGCCUGAGUGCCCGCCCUCCACUCUGCGGGCACCUCCACGCCAGGGCUGUGCAGUUGGCAUGGGAAGGCGAUGGGGGUUGGUGGGUUCCCUUCCUCCUCGCUGGGACAAGGACCUGCCUGUGCUGUGCCUCUGCUUGGAUACUCUCACUUCCUUCCCCCUGCUGGACAGGCUCUGCACCGAAGUCUGAAGUGGGCACUGCAUUGGGCGUCUCUGUGCCAUAGGGGUUGAGCAGGUUGUUAGGUGGAGAUAAAUAUCUAGGAGAGGGGUGGGCCAGACGCUCCAGGUAUUCACUGUGUAAAGUUUUCAACAUAGGAGCACUAUAAAUAUAUACUAAGCAUGGACAAAAUAAAGUAGGUGCCCCUCUUUUCUCUCCUCCCCUGACCCAGCCCCUGGGGAUGAGCCUCUUCCCUACCACUGGGUAGAGUCUUUAUAUAGGUAUUUUUUUCCUCUUGAUUCCCCCUGCCUCAAACUCCCUGCCCUACCAGAUGCUUCACCAGGUGACAUCCCCUACCGAAGGGGCUUGCUCCUUUAUUUUUACAUUUAUUAUUUUUUCUAAUGGAGGCACUGGGGAUUGAACCCAGGACCUUGCGCAUGUUAAGCACACACUCUACCACUGAGCUCUUCCCGGGCCUUUUUGUAAAGAUACCUGUUCUGUUGGGAUGGUCCCUGGUAGAGGGAGCCUGGAGAGGGACAGGGAUGCUACAGGGCCGGCAGUAAACAGGAGGCAGGCUCGGAGCCCCCUUCUGUCCAGGCCCGUCUCGGGGAGACAGUCAUGCUCCGCAGGCACCAGCUGGGCUGGCGUGAUGUGCCCCUCACUCUACCAGGUGUGGAUGCUACCAGGACCCCUGCUGCCUUACCCAGAGGAGCUGGGUGGGCAGGAGAGGAGGCCACAUCUGGACGACUUCCUGUACUCACCUGAGGCUGUCUGCACCCAUUUGAGAAAGAUCACCCCCAGAAAUAACCUUGGACAGGGUUGCAAGUUAGCCUUGCCUGGGAGGGCCAACCCAGCAGUGCACCCUCCCUGAGGACCACCACCCACCAUGGGCCUCGCCUCCAAGCCGGGGAUGGUCUGCCUGCCCCUUCCCUGGGAGCUCCAGCUGACUUCAUUGGUGGCAGUGGCCCCCUGCCAGAUUUUUGGCUUGAUUCACCCAUAAUCCCCAGUCCUAAUCCCAGAGGCCAUGUCAGAAAGGGGAAUGGGUGCUGCUGGGGGCCCGAGACCCACCCUGUCCCCCAGUCAGCCUGAGGGAAAGAUCAAAGCUGGGCUUCAGUGGGUGACUUUGUGAUGUCUAUUUUUGGAAGGAAUCUUGGUGGAGACUGUGUGCUGCCUCCUCAGGCACCAGGACAUAAUUUACACCUUGAUGUAAUUGUUUCACCUUUUGCCUGAAUGGCUGCCUUUAUUUUCAUAGGAAAGAUCAAGGGUGUCUGGUUCAGGAGCUGUCAGGUCAGAAAGUCUGGUCCCAAGUGGGAUGGGCUCCUUGGCGCCACCUAGUGUUAGGCAUAGCCUUUGGCGGGGAGAAUGCUCACAAAAGGGGAUUGAUUCACCCCUACUUAAAUUCGUGGGUCCUGGCACAGUGGAAGUAGAGAGAGCACUUUUCUUUCUUCCUAAAGACACUAGUCACCUGGCAGUGACUGAGCUGGCAUGAGUGAAAUAAAGCUACAUGGUAGCGAGCACAAAGAGCUUGUGUGGAACACACAGGAGCGUCCUGAGAGUUCAGAGCUGGGGCCGUGGGUGUGAGAGGAUGAACAAGACAUGGACAGAUGCAGGAGAGAAAUGCAGAGUGAGGGGGUGAGUGCAAGUGGGGUGCUCAGUUUAGGGCAGCAGCUGAAGGGGAAACUGAGAUAAGAUUGGAAAGGAAGAUGGGAGCCUUGAAUGCUGGAAGAUAUGGUUUGAACUUCACCUUGAAGUUCUGGGGACACUUUGAAAAUUUUCAGCAGGGAAGUGACAGGUUGAAAAAGGGUGGGCUGGAAUAUUGAUACAGUCAGAUCCCCACCUGUAAUAACCAUGCAGGCCGAGCAGUGCUCUAAGGAAUGGAGAACAAAUGGGGAGUGGACACAUGUGAAACAGGCAGGCCAGUGAGUUGUUGAAUGCCUUUCCAUGGCUGGAUGAGUUCAAGGUAAAAUCCACCUCUCUAAUUGUGGCAGCCAGCUCUCCUCCCUGGGGCCCGAGGGUUUCAACAUCAGAGCUCUUUGCAGCCAGCCCCAGCUUGGGGGCGAACUUCUUCCACUUCUUCCGAAGCUGGGGUUAUUAGGCUGAGGAUGGAACAAAGAGCCUGAGUCCUGGAUUUCUGGCUUACCCUGGGGUGUUUUUGACCCCCAUCCCCAGAGGCAGCCUUCCAGCCACAAGGGAGGUCCCCACAGCUUCCAGCCAUCUCUAGUCUGGCAGGAGCUGCCCCAGGCUCUAGGAUUUACCCUUCCUCCCAUGGUGCUUAGCUCGGUGCUGAGCUUGCAGGAAAUGUGCUUCCUGAAGCUGGGACUUCCCCAUGGAGGCUGAGAGCAGUGGGCAUCCCUGGCCUCAGCCUGAGGGGUGACUUUGCUGGGGCUGCCGUGUGUCUCAGGAACUCACAGCAGCCGCUCCCUCCUCGAGUACGCAGUGAGCGGGACAGCUGUGUGGCCCCUUCCAUUCCUCAAAGGAAGAUGGUUCUCCUCCAGUGGAAGGCAGGAUGAAAAAGGGACUGCAGAGGGGGUCAUGCAGGCCACAGGACCGUCUGGGCAGUGAAGACCUGGCCUAGCUUUGGGCACGGGGCUGCCAGUCAGGGCAGCAGAAGGUAAAUGAGAGGGCAGCAUGUAGCCCCUGGCAAGGGGGAUCCCAGUCACCGGAGGGCUCCAGCAUAUCUGCACACGGAGGGGUAGUGGCCCAGAGGGGAGUGUGCGUUGUGUAUGUGUGUGGUUUGAGCCCACACUGAGCCUCAUGCUGAGACGCCGCAUUCCUGCUGGCCGGGCUUCCUGCUUCAGAUGCCUUCCUGCCCCAGAGUCACCACGGAGACUGCUUGGAAUCUGGCCCCACAUUCUCCAAAUUCAGGACAAGAUCUGGCAAAGUCUCCCUCCCUUUACCUCCCACCCUCUCACUUUGUAGGGAGGAAGCCACCUGACCGGCCAGCCCUCCUCCCCUCCUCUCCGGAGAGGCCCAGGGUGGGAUCUGCAGGGCCUGUCGGAUUUGAAUAAAGCAAUUUCUCCUGGCGGGGCAA